GUUUGCUAACUGUUUUACUAAUGUAGAAGCAGUAAGUGAUAUGAAAACUAAAGAAGCAGGAUGCAUAUAAAACAAAUCAUAAUACAAGGAUUCAAAAGCUAUAAAGAUCAAACAAUUGUUGAGCCUUUUGAUAAACGACACAAUGUAGUAGUUGGAAGGAAUGGCUCUGGGAAAAGCAACUUUUUUUACGCGAUACAGUUUGUUUUAAGUGAUGAAUUUACUCACUUGCGACCAGAACAGCGCCAAGCUCUUCUACAUGAAGGAACAGGAGCGAGAGUUAUAUCAGCGUAUGUUGAAAUUAUCUUUGACAACUCAGAUAAUCGAGUUCCAAUUGACAAAGAGGAAAUCUACCUUCGAAGAGUUAUAGGCGCUAAAAAGGAUCAGUAUUUUUUGAAUAAAAAAGUUGUACCGAGAACUGAAGUUGUCAAUUUAUUGGAGUCGGCCGGUUUUUCUAAUUCAAAUCCAUAUUACAUUGUUAAACAAGGUAAAAUUAAUCAGAUGGCUACUGCAGCAGACUCGUAUAGACUUAAAUUAUUAAGAGAAGUGGCUGGGACACGAGUUUAUGAUGAAAGAAAAGAGCAAUCUCUGAACAUUCUUCGGGAAACGGAAGGAAAACUUGAAAAAAUAUCUGAGUAUUUAAAAACGAUUGAAGAUCGUUUACAAACAUUAGAAGAAGAAAAGGAAGAACUCAAAGAAUACCAAGAGUGGGAUAAGGGGAGGCGUGCUUUAGAGUACAUAAUCCAUGAAACAGAAUUGAAAGAGACAAAAAAAGCUCUAGAGGAAAUACAGCAACAACGCAAGUCAUCCGUUGAUAAAAAGAAGAGCUACAAUAUGCAAAUACAGAAAGCUCAAGAGAAAAUUAAGGAAAUUCAAAAGAGUUUAAAGGAUGCGAAGAAAAACGUUGCAAGUACCAAAGAAGAAAAAUCCAUUCUUUUAACGGAACAACAACAACUUUUACGUGAAAAAACCAAAUUAGAUUUAACAAUCGUUGAUCUUAAUGAUGAGGUUCAAGGUGAUAACAAAUCAAAGGAACGCGCUGAAGAAGAAUUAAAAAAAUUAAAGAUAACAAUAAGCGAAAAAGAAAAAGAACUCGAGGACGUUAAACCGAAAUAUGAGGCCAUGCGGCGAAAAGAAGAGGAAUGCUCCCGCGAACUUGCCCUUAAGGAACAAAAAAGAAAAGAGCUAUACGCGAAACAAGGACGAGGAUCGCAAUUCUCAACACGUGAUGAACGCGAUCAAUGGAUUCACAAUGAAUUGAAAUCGCUUGAUAAGCAAAUUAAAGAUAAAAAGAACCAUCAAGCGAAGUUAGAAGAAGAUUUGAAAAAAGAUGCAAAUGCGGAAACGGAUCUUGGUAAUAAGAUUGGAGAACACUCUGGUGAAUUGGAGCACCUUCGUACUGAAAUAGAUGAGCAUAAUAAAAGAUACUAUGAAUUAAAGAAAACAAAAGAUCAUUACCAGGCUACGCGCAACGAGUUAUGGCGUAAAGAGACACAAAUGACGCAGCAACUUCAGUCUCAUAAAGAAGAGUUAUCCAAAACAGAUCAAGCAUUGAGAAGUAUGGCCGGUAAGCCCAUUUUGAAUGGACGGGAUUCUGUGAGAAAAGUUUUAGAUAGUUUUUUGGAAAAAGGCAGCCCAUUCUCAGAUAUUGCAAAAGCAUAUUACGGACCCGUUAUAGAAAACUUUAGUUGUGACAAAACGAUUUAUACCGCGGUAGAAGUUACUGCGGGGAAUAGACUUUUUCAUCAUAUUGUUGAGUCUGAUAAAGUCGGCACUCAAAUUUUGAAGGAAAUGAAUAAACUGAAAUUGCCAGGUGAAGUGACCUUUAUGCCUUUAAAUAGGUUACAAGUAAAAAAUCAUGAUUACCCAGACGAUCCCGACUCUAUUCCAAUGAUUUCAAAAUUAAAAUACGAUGAACAGCAUGGCAAGGCUUUAUGUUACAUAUUUGGCAAAACGUUAAUAUGCCGUAAUUUGGAAAGAGCUACAGAGCUUGCAAAAAGUACCGGGCUUGAUUGCGUAACAUUGGACGGUGAUCAGGUCUCAUCGAAAGGAUCUCUAACCGGAGGUUAUUUUAAUACGUCAAGAUCGCGGCUUGAAAUGCAAAAGAAAAGAACUGAACUCACAGCCCAGAUACGUGAUUAUGAAAAAGAACUUAAUAAAUUACGCAAUGAAUUAAAACAGAUUGAGAGCAAUAUUAAUGCUGUAGUAUCCGAAAUGCAAAAAACAGAGACAAAGCAGGGGAAAUCGAAGGAUAUUUUUGAAAAAGUUCAAGGAGAAAUAAGGUUAAUGAAAGAGGAAUUAUUAAGAAUUGAAAAGUAUAGAUCGCCAAAGGAACGAUCAUUGACGCAAUGCAAAGCCAGUUUAGAGGCGAUGAGAGGUACGAAACUCGGUUUGGAGACUGAAUUAAAUCAGGAACUUAUGUCCACGUUAUCCAAGCAGGACCAACAAGAAAUUGAUCAGCUUAAUGAAGAGAUCCGACGAUUAAAUCAAGAAAAUAAAGAAGCGUUCACUCAGCGAAUGAAUCUUGAGGUCAUUAAGAACAAACUAGAUAAUCUCUUGGCAAAUAAUCUAUUUAGAAGAAGAGAUGAAUUAAUACAGGCCUUGCAGGAAAUAUCUGUAGAGGACAGAAAAAGAAAAUUAAUUAACUGCAAAAAUGAACUCUCUGCAACGGAGAAAAGAAUUAGAAAAGUUAAUCAAGAUCUAGAUGACGUUGACAAAAGAGUUCAAGAAGCUGUUCAUUUACAGAAGUCACUUCAACAAGAGCUUGAAAGUUGGAUUAAGAAGGAAAAGGAGAUAGAUGAAAAAGUGAAUGAGGAUUCAAAAAAAGUGGAAAAGUGGGUCGCCAAAGAAAAUCUACUUUUACAGAAAAUACAAGAGUAUACUGAGAAAAUUGCCAGUCUUGGGGCUUUGCCUCAAGUAGAUAAAAAAUAUGAAAAGAUGUCAUUAAAGAGCUUAUUUAAGGAAUUAGAAAAGGCUAAUCUACAUUUAAAAAAGUAUAAUCAUGUCAAUAAAAAGGCAUUAGACCAAUUUUUAAGUUUUUCGGAACAGAAAGAGAAACUCUAUAAACGCAAGGAAGAAUUAGAUGUUGCGGAUCAAAAAAUUGGCGAAUUGAUGCAAUCUCUUGAGAUGCAAAAAGUUGAAGCAAUCCAAUUCACCUUUAAACAAGUAGCAAAAAAUUUCACACAAGUUUUCAAAAAGUUGGUCCCCCAAGGAGCUGGUCAUCUUAUACUUAAAACGAAAGAUAACGAUGACGACAAUCCCGAAAGAGAAAUUGAAAAUUCUGACGCAUUCACAGGAAUUGGAAUAAGGGUUUCGUUUACGGGAAGUGACGCAGAAAUGAGAGAAAUGAAUCAAUUGUCCGGUGGGCAAAAAUCACUUGUGGCACUAGCUCUCAUCUUUUCUAUUCAAAAGUGUGAUCCUGCACCUUUUUACCUUUUUGAUGAAAUUGAUCAGGCAUUGGAUGCGCAACAUAGAAAGGCCGUUGCUGAUAUGAUACACGAAUUAAGUGAUAAGGCUCAAUUCAUUACCACAACGUUUCGGCCAGAGCUUCUGGAAAACGCGCAUAAAUUUUAUGGAGUCCGGUUUAGAAAUAAAGUUAGCCACAUAGAUUGCGUCACAAAGGAACAAGCUAAAGAUUUUGUGGAAGACGAUAAUACACAUGCUUAAGGGUCUUUUUCAAGAUGACUUGAGAUGAUAUGCAUGCCUGCACAUUGUAUACAUUUUGUUUAAUUCCUCAUUUCUCAUUAUAUCCCUUCUUUUUUUUUUUAAUAAAUUUAAACAGAGUUUUUGAAGAUAUAUUUACAAUGUA